CCCCGCUUCCUCUGCUCUGGCUGCCCCAAUUUACGUGGGGGAUAAGGAAAACGGGACCCGCAAUAUUUAUCCAUAAGCUGUUUACACCACCAGUAAACCAAGUACAGUACCUCAAGACUAAGUUACCCGCCCAGGCGCCCAGGCGUCAUCGGAUCUCCCACCGCCCUCCUGACGUUCUUGUUGCCAUUUGACCAGGUACGGAGCUGUGUCUUUGUGUUCUAUUUACACGGCAGGCACGAAUCCGAGGGUAUCUAACAAAGCUGCUUUCUGUGAUCUUGAACGGAAGGAGCUACCUACUUACUGGUGUUGCUAUCGUCGAUACAAGGUAGUCCCGUCUUGUCGCGGCCAUGGCGACUGAAGAUGUGUACGCCACGCUGCUCUUGAACGACUUGUAUCUGCCAGGUGCUCUUGUGUUGGCCCAUUCGUUACGAGAUGCGGGGACUAUCAAGAAGCUGGCUGUGCUCGUCACUCUCGACAGCGUCUCUGUGGAUGCCAUGGUAGAGCUACAGAGAGUCUACGACCACAUCAUCCCCGUCGACCGCAUGGUGAACCAACAGCCCCAGAACCUCUCCCUGAUGGACCGCGUCGACCUGCACUCGACCUUCACCAAAAUCACGCUCUGGAAACAGCUCCAGUUCCGACGCAUCGUGUACAUGGACGCGGACAUGGUGGCGUGGCGCGCUCCGGACGAGCUCUUCGCCGUUGAGGCCGCGUUCUCCGCGGCGCCCGAUAUUGGGUGGCCGGAUAUCUUCAACACCGGGUUGAUGGUGCUCACUCCCAACAUGGGCGAUUACUGGGCGCUGUAUGCUAUGGCGCAGCGCGGAAUCUCAUUUGAUGGUGCGGAUCAGGGAUUGCUGAAUAUGCACUUCAAGAAUAGCUUCAAUCGGCUGAGUUUCACGUAUAACGUCACGCCCAGCGCGCAUUAUCAGUAUAUCCCGGCGUAUAAACACUUCCAGUCAAGUAUAAGCGCGACACAUUUUAUUGGGAAGGAGAAGCCAUGGACCCAGGGAAGAGAGGCCAGCCAUGGAUCGGGCCCGUUCGAUGAGAUAACCGGAAGGUGGUGGGCGGUAUACGACCGGCAUUACAGAGGCACUAAAUCGCCGACUGUCCAGUACUACGUGAAGGGCGAGUUCGAACCCCCGAACUACAGCCAUGUCAACAUCAGCACCGAUCAGAGUGAGAUCAUUUCCCCGGAGCCUGUUACGACCCUUGGCUCAGUCCCCGUUGAGGAAUCCUUUCGCGAGACGACCCAGAUGGAAAAUGAAAAGCCGGCUGACCAUGUUGAACCUAUUCCAGAGCCAGCACCAUUCGAUCCGUCGCCGGCGCCUUAUGUCCCAGGACCAGAAUCAUACCCACCGGAGCCUGUGACGUCCGCCCUAGAGCAAUUAAUAUCCGGUCAGCCCCCAAUCUCACUUGGAACUACCCCCGCGGAAUAUGGACCAGCGUACUUAUCGCCUAGUUUAGCGCCGUUGCCAUCUGUUACGCCUCCACAGUUUGCUCAUGAACCAGUAGCUCCUCAGUUUGUUGCACCGUUCGCUGCAUGGGAUGCGUCAAGGUCUGCACCACCUUCCGGCUCAAAACCGGAGGCUGCGAACUUUCCCGCUACUCAAUACUCCAUGUCUUCUGAUCCUACACCGUACAAAGCCCCGGAGAGGUAUCCGGAUCCUCCCAAAGACAUGUACUAUGAAGUGCCCAAGACGCCGACAUACCAGAAGCCAGCCCCGAUCUUUCCAUGGGAGACCAAGGACGCCCCUAGGCCCACGAGGGUAUUCGCAGAAGAUGAAGACCUUCAACCAACCAGUCUGGAGCCCACCGAGGACGGCGAGGCGACCGACCAAGCCACCUCCAUGGCAUCAACGGUAACAACCAUCCCCUCCGACCCAUGGUACUUAUUCUCUAGCAACCCCCGCAACGCGUGGGACGACAUCCCCGAAAUUGAGCGCUACAUCGGCGCCCUGCAGAGGAACCGCAAGGGCAACAUCCAGGUGCUCCAAGGCUACGGCUCUAGCGUCGACGAGGACGGCCUACCCGGAUCGGGGCGGCGCCGCGGCAGCGUGCGCGUCACCGACUUCCCCACCGAGAUCGAGCGGCCCAGCCUGCCCGUGACUCCUGCGCCGAUCCGGCGGCCCAAGUUCCUCGGCGGCGAAAACAACGGCGACGAGGGCGAGCUGCCCAUCGCGAAGGGGGUCCCCGCACAGACUGAAUGGGAUCCAGCGGCCCAGCUGGAGGCGCUCGCCAGAAGACAAUCGGAGGUUCUAGGGAGGGAGCUCGGGGAGGGAGGGGCGGGGAAGGACAUUCCGCAGCGGCCGCUGCCGUUUGGCUCGGAGGGCGUGGUGGUGUCGAGCCCAGUGGCAGAUCUUCAGCGCAGGCCGUCGAAUCCAGUGAGGGGGAGCUUAGAGGCGUUUGAGGAGCCGAGUUAUGGGGGGCCAGGCGCAGCGUGGGAGAAGGAUGGGGUGCCGGUGGCGCAGGAGACGCAUUUGCCGCCUAGUGAGGUGGAGCAGGAUGCUCUGGCGUCGUGAGGGGGAUGGGUUGACCAGACGGAUAUGACCGAUUUUUAUCCUUCUAGGACUGUAUAUUAGCUUUCGUCCCCAGCCCGGCGGGGCGGGGUGACCCGGAGGGGGGUAUUUUUCAUUUUGCACCGCAUUGUUUUGCGUGGCAUUUCUUGCUUACGUUUGGGAUAGGCGCGCUCUGGUUUUUGGGUGUUUAGGAAAAUCUUAAGGAAGUUUUUCGUUGUGAAUGGGUGA